AUGCAGACUCGUCAGAAAUUCGCUCGUGUGGACACCCAGGAGCUGAAAUCCCGGAUCGCCAAGAAGCUGGGCCAUCAGCGGGCCGAGCACUACUUCAACAGCCUCAAGAAAUUCCUGAGCUUUAAGCUCAACAAGGAUGAGUUUGACAAGAUUUGCUUGAGUGUGUUGGGCAAGGAAAAUAUCAAGCUUCAUAAUUUCCUCAUUCGGUCAAUCCUCAGCAAUGCUUCCUUGUCCCUUGGACCGCCUAGUAAGCAGACGGUGACCGGUAACUCACAGACUAGCAUGGUGUCCAAUGGGCCACUGGGCAAUGGCGCUCUGCCGGCGAAGAUGGGGCGGUCUAUCACUAGCAGGGAUAGGAAGUUCGCUGAUAGGCCAAGCCCCCUUGGUCCCCAUGGGAAGGCGCCUCAUGGUCAUGGAGGCGAAGUGAGCAACUCCUGCGACAUACCGAGAUCUAGGGAGCAACAGAGUACCCUGGAGUUUGUUUCAUCAGGGAGCAAGGUUCUGUUGGAAGUUGUCUCUGUAGAAGAUGGGGAGGAGGUUGAGCAAGUGCGCAGUAGCCCAGCGUGUGUUCAAAGUCGGAGCCCCAUCAGAGCUCCGUUGGGGAUUCCGUUGGGGAUUCCAAAGGCUCACACUCCUCAGCCUUCUACCUCUUACAGUUAUGAAACAUGCUCUAAUAAUGAGGAGUUGCCAGAUACUCGGUCAUUGUGGAAUGUACUUCAGCACAGAUUGCAAGCACAAGGCCUGAAUGUAUCCAUGGAGUUUGCUCAUGUACUGAAUUCUGGGUUGAACUCACAUUUAACUCGCUUGCUCAAGUCUUCUUUGGAUGUCGCUAAAGCAAGGGGAAAUGGAACAAGGAUACCUCAAGCAAAUGGAAGAGCAGGUCCUUCAUGGAAUGGUGGACAGAACCAUGGCUUUCCUCCAGAAUCAGGCCAGUUCUACCAAGCUUCGUUACAAGAUGUUAAGGUAGCAGUGGAGUCCAACCGUCAGUUAUUGAGUUGUGACCAUUCCAAGCAGCAUGAGAAGCUUAGCUUUCGUCUUAUGGACCAGUGA